AUGCCGCCUAGUCUCAUUCCUACCGGCGGGCUAGUCUUAGCCGCUCUCGCCGGGCUCGUCGGGGCGCGGGUGGACUUGGGGGGCGGCCACAUGGGCCUGGCGAUGGCCGGGACGACCUGCAGCGGGGCACACCGAGUGGCCUGUACGGAACUCGGCGACGACUGGCCCGACAUGGGCCUAGCCUGUCCACGCGCCCACCACGACAUCCCCCGCCACACGCUCGCAAUGAUGUCGGCAACGAUCAUCCAGCUCGGCCACUAUAAACCCGUGCCCGUCGAGCAGUUCCCCAGCCAUGAGUGCUACACCACCCCGCCCAAUGCGACCGUCGCCAGCUACGGCUUCAUCAGCCAGGGCUCCUUCGACAUGUGGUUCUUCGCGCACGACAAGUGCAACUGCGAAGCCGAACAGAUGCCCAAAUGCGGGAUCAGCGCAACCGAAGAAGAGAAAUGUAACCUCCGAACGUUUACGCUUUGUAAAGUGACCAAAAAAACUGAGAUUUGUAAACCCAAACAUCACCCAGGAUGGAAGCCUAUUAGCGAGGCAUUCAGGUUCGACCCGGCCCAUCGCCAACAGGCCAUGUUCGCCGAUGUCACCAGCUUCUGGUGGCGGGUCAUGGAGCUCUGGGGCUUCUGGGGCGCCAUCUAA